UCGGGGGGACAGGGAUGGGAAGGGUUUUAAAAUUCUCAUCAGCUUCCAUGAGAGACCUGCUGAGUGCUCCAGAGUUACUCAUUUUUACUCAGAGUUUCAGGGGUUAGUUCAGUUGAUCUCUGCUUAGUGCUCAGGUUGUGUGUUAACUGCUCCAAGGUUAAAAAAAAGAAACCAAAAGAGGUUUGAAGUUAACCUUUUUUAAAAUGAAAGGGUUUUUUUUUUUUGUUGUUUUUGUGUGUGUGGGUGGGAAAUUUGGUGGUUUUCUCUUGUGUUUCUUUUAAAGUUUUGCUUUUUUUCCCAUUCCUUAACCAAGAUCCAUUCACAUUCUGAACAGCUCUUGAAGUCUGCUCAGGAAUAUAGAAGGCAGCAAGCAAAGUGCUGAGCUGCUCCAAGGGGAUGUCUUUUCUCCCCCAUGGUGGUGGAUAAAGUAAUGUUGCAUUGUACAGGUGUCUCUCACUUCCUAGGGAAAAGAAAUGCUUCUAGACUGUGAAUUCCUUCCCAUUUGUGUUUGAAUGGCUCUGCUCAGCAAAGCAGUGGUCCUCAAUUGCCAUCUAUUUCCUUGUUGGCUUGUGCAGACUCUAGAGUCGUGCUUGAAAUCUCAUUGAACUAUCAAUGGUAUUUGGAACACGUUUGGAGAAAGGCUUCUUGGCAAAGCUCUCCAUGAAGGAGCACCAGUAAUUUUUAGCAGUAGAUGCACAGGGAUCUGUAUGACACCAAGUCUGUUUUGGAAGGUGCUAAAGGUCAAAAGCAAAUAGUCCCAUCGAUACUGAGGAAGGGAAGAAGCCCUUGCACUUAACCACUGCUCUUACUCCCUCUGUCAAGCGGUCAAAACCCAGUAACUAAUAUGAGAACCCAACUUUUGCUCUCUUUGUUUUAGAUUUGGGAAAAUUCCCUGCCAAAAAAAAAAAAAACAUAUCCUGGGAAAUUCAGUAGUGUUUGUGUGAGAAAAAAGGUUCCAACCUUUUAUUCUUAAUUUGUAAGAACUAUUUCAUUCAGUUUUGUCCAAAAGGCUCAGAAGCACUUUGCACAGAAAUGUGCAGCAUUUUAAUGAAAGGGGUCAGAAUCACUUAAAAUUGAACUUUAUCUGGUCUGGUUGCAGGUUUUAUGGCAUUUAGUAUCUUAAAUAAGAAUCACAGCAUCUGACUUCACAUUAAAAAAGAAAAAACAACAAAUUGCUUGUAGCUAAAUAAAAUCAGUUCAGCUCUGGUGGCACAAAAAAAAAAUCAUCCCUGUUGAAUUGGACCUAAGCCAUCUUUCCAAGCUUCCCAUGACCUUACACCAGUGGCUAAUGAUGGAUAUAUGGAUUAGGGAACGACAUAUGAUGGCAAAUUCAUAUUGUUUGCUCUGCUGUGAAAAGAAAGCAAAUUCUUUCCUAAAACCAAAGGAAUUCCAAAUUGUUAGCAUCAUGCAGCCAUGCCACUGGCCAAGUGAACAUUUCCCUGCUUCCCAAAGCUUGUCAUACCCUGACCUGCUGCCUUCCUGCUGGUGAUUGAUUGCAACUCGACGUGGCUGAUGGGGGCUCAGAGCUGUUCUCCACUCGGAUAUCAUACAACGUACUGUGCACGUGUGUGUGUGUUUCCACUGUAUGCAUGUACAGACCUAUGCAUCUUUGUGUGCUGGCCUCAGAUCACUCCUGUUCCAUAUUUCUUUCUAUAAAAAGCAUCAGCCUCAAAGGCAUAGUCAUCAAAAUGUUCUGUAGAUCUUUGAUUUUUGCCAGUUCCUUCCAAAGGAGAGACUUUGUUUGCAUUCCUCUGUGGCAGAUAGCCCCAAAUUCACAUUUUUCCUCUCACCUUUCCUGACUUUGUUACCCCUCACUCUUGCUGUGUGUAUAAACCCGGAUGUGUAUGGAUAUACAUAUCUGUGGAUUUAUACACACAAAGUCUGUUUUUUGCUGUACAGGUCAUAAAGAUGGGGGAAGAUUUUUGUGUUUUCUUAAUAGGUGAAGAAAUCUUGAAGACCCGAAAUUGCAACUUUACUGCAUUUUAAAUUAAAAACCAAACCAAAUUAAAAUGGCAAUUGCCCGGCUGUGGAAGAUGGAGCCUCAUUUUUGCAGCCACUUUGAAUCACGAGUUCAUCUUUAAAUGCCCUGGGUUGUUUUUUGUUUUUGGUUUUUGGUUUUUUUUUCCUCUUUUUUUUUGUUUUUUCCUGUUUUGAAGAGCUAACUAACCCUGGCUGUCUCCAGUCUGACAGUAUUCCAAUGGACUUGCUUCCUCCAUUAGUUGUAAGAUGUUUAAAAGCACAUCCUAUGUUUGAAUUGUGGAUGAGAGGUUCCCUUGGCAAUGUGAGGAGGAAAAGUCUUUCAACCCCUUUAUUAUUAAUUCACGGAUUCAGUGUUGGUUCGGCCUACAGGAGAAGUUAACUGGAAGUCUUUGAAGAUCCGUAUCUUUGCUGAAGUUGGCCAGGGUUACUUUUAAAAAGAAGAUUUCACUGAUCAAGCCAGUAGAAGAUUUCAGUCCAAGAAAGUGAAGCCAGCUUCAGACUGGAAGACUGGAGGAAGUCCCUAUUGAGUGAAUCUGUAGAACCAUACUAAGGCUUUGUCCAUUAUGUCUAACCAAGGAGAUGACUGCUACUUCUAUUUCUAUUCCACGUGUAACAAGGGAGACAGCUGCUCCUUCCGCCACUGCGAAGCUGCUCUGGGAAAUGAAACAGUCUGCACACUCUGGCAAGAGGGUCGCUGUUUCAGGAAUAUCUGCAGGUUCAGACACAUGGAAAUCGAUAAGAAACGCAGUGAGAUUCCUUGCUACUGGGAGAACCAGCCAGUGGGCUGCCAAAAAUCCAACUGCGCUUUUCAUCACACCAAAGGACGUUACGUUGAUGGACUCUUCUUACCUCCGAGCAAAACUACACUUCCAAGUCCACCUGAGUCUGUGGAAGAUGAUGCUAAAAUGCCUCAGAUGUCACUGCAGCAAAACAAACUUUCUGUUCAGUCAAAUCCCUCUCCCCAGCUGAGGGGGGUGAUGAAAGUGGAAAACUCUGAAAAUGUCCCAAGUCCUACACAUCCCCCAGUUGUAAUCAAUGCUGCAGAUGAUGAUGAAGAUGAUGAUGACCAGCUUUCUGAAGAAGGGGAUGACAUUAAAAUGGCCAUCCAGCAACCAACAACAGAAACCCAUAAUGGAUUGCGGAUAAUUUCCACUAGGAAAUCCAGUGCUAAUUCCAAGCAAGAUGAUAAUUUGAAUUUUGGAAUAAAAACGCUUGAAGAAAUCAAAUUGAAGAAACUAAAGGAGAAAACAAAAAAACAAGAAGGUCCUUCAGGAAUUUCUGUUCAUCCCCUCCAAUCUCGGACUGUUCCUGUGCCGGAAAAGGAGAAUGUGCGGACAGUAGUGAGAACUGUAACGCUGUCUGCAAAGCAAGGGGAGGAGCCUGUGAUUCAGCUGAACAUUGCUGAGAGACUGAGCAAACGGAAAGCCUCCACAGCUGCUAAAAGUGUCAUUCCACUGAAGCGCAACCUUGCUGAAAGGCUGGGGAAGAAGAUAGACAUGUUGGAGAAUGCUGACAAAGCCCCCAAAAGAGUUCAAGUCCCCAAGUCUCUGAAGGAGAGGCUAGGAUUGCCCUCUGAACAGACCAGCACAGAGACAGAGAAGGCUGCUAAGCCGACAGGAGAGUUCCAUGUGAAAACACUGGAAGAAAUUCGCCUUGAGAGAGCUUCUCAGCGACGAGGAGAACCUCCAGCUAAAGCCCAGGCUGAAGGGCGUUGUAAAGCAGAAGAUCCCAGCUCGGGGGCAAAACCUUCCCCUGCAGUUCGCAUCAAAACUGUCUCAGGAGCCCUGGCUGAGAAAAACCAGAAGCGAUUGGAAGAAGAGAAGCAAAAACCAGAAGAGCUUCCUCCCAAGACAAAAGCUGAGGGAGAGCCCAGGAAGCAGAGUGUGCUGGCUCCAUCUGUGCCCAGCAGAGUGCCUCUGGCAGAGCCAGCAGGGAAAGCCAAGCCAGGGGAAGUGCGUAUUAAAACCUUGGAGGAAAUCAAGCAGGAGAAAGCUCUGCGACUGCAGCAGAGUGGAGAAAAUGGGCCAGCUCCACCAGCACAACCCGAACCUGCCCCAACAGGGAGGAGAUUGUUACGGAUCACCAAGCUGAUAGCACCUGGAAGAGAAGAAAAGAAGGUGGUGGAAUUGAGCAGACCUUCUCCCAAAGCUGUCUCUACACCUGCAGAGCUCUCUGAUCAGAGCACAGCUAAUUCUAAAGUUCAAGUGAAGAACCUUGAAGAGAUAAUGAGGGAGAAGCGGCAACUGAAACACCACCAAGAAGAGAAGCCUCAGAAGGAAGCAGCUUCUGUGCCACCUUCUGUUGAAAAACCCAUCAAGGACAAAACUCCACCAUCAGGGAGCCCUGAAGCUUCAGGGUCGGUGCAUCAUUUUGUGAAGAAGACAUUGGUGAAACCUCUGGAAGAUGGGGUUGAAAGCCCAGGGAAAGAAGCUGCUGUAUCACCAGGGAAACAGGCAGCUCCACUCCAGGAACGGAAAGCUAAGACCAAAUCCAAGGCAUGCCUGAAGGCUCCGGAUGGGAAGACCACCUCUCCCACAAAGCAUGCCUUGAAGCGUAAGGCAGCAGAGAGUCAUCCCUCUGCCAUGGCAGCUGUGAAGCCCUUGAGUGCCACUGGUGGUGACACAAAGGAGCCUCCAGCUAGAAAAGCAGCUGUGGCCAUUGUUCCUGCUUUGCCAGAGGACAGCCUCAGCUCCAUACCGAGGGGAGAAAAACCCCAAACCAGCCCUGAGCUGCACAUGGGAAGCCAGGCAGGCUCUGGGGCACAGUCAGAGCUCUCAAGCUCAACUUCAACUUCGUCCCAAGUGGCAGUGAAGACGCGCCGGCUGAGCUCCACUGGGGCUGGGAAAGCACCUUUGUCUGUAGAAGAUGACUUUGAGAAGCUGAUUUGGGAAAUCUCAGGAGGCAAACUAGAAGCAGAAAUUGAUCUGGACCCAGGGAAGGAUGAGGACGACCUCCUCUUGGAACUGUCAGAGAUGAUCGACAGCUGAACUGCAGGAUCUUAACAUUAAAACAAA